CAAAACCGGAAGUACACCGCAAUAAAGUGGAAACUCAGAGAUAUUGCUACAGCAACAUGCAAUAGGAGGGUCGACACAGUUAAGCCUUUGACGGUUUUUUCAGAGAGACGCCGAUAUACAGUUGGUAUUUGGCGACAUCGUACAUAGUUAUCAGCGUGGGCGAAAUGUCAAGAGUUUUUAAUCCUGGUUACUAGCUAGCUAAACUGUUGUUGUUGAUUUACCAGUCGUCCAUAUACCUAGCUAGCUAGCUAGCUAGCCAAGGAGGAUACAUAUCAAAUGUUACCACGGUAUUAGCUACAAGCGAGAUAAUUAAGUUAACGUUUUCUAAAUAACGCUACGUGCACUACGCAUAAAUCGCUGCACCAUUUCCUGCUUACUUGCUAAAAUUCUAAUAGUUCGCCUAAUUUCAGUUUGUGAUAAAAACAUAUCAUUGUACCAUAUAAACCGUCGAUAAAUAUAUUUUCAAUAACCAAAAAAUAUAGUAUUUUCAUCUGUUUGAAGCUGGUGUAUUGAUCUGAAAGUAAAAGAGAAAAUUUAAAACAGGAAGGAAAGAUAUAGCGCACACAACAUAUCUACCGCUUCUUGGACUUGCGAAUUACAUAUCUAUUACUUAAAUUUCUAUGUGUAUUUGGUGGGGUCUUCCAAAAAGUGACAUUUCAUCUUUAAAUCACUAGUUGAUAAAAGAAUCUCUCGAAAUAGGUGUUAACUCAAUACGUAUUUAUCUGAACUUUCCAAAGUGGCAAACCUUGCACCAGUCAAUAUGCCUUUGCUGUUUUUGGAGAGAUGUCCAUGGCCCAGUUUGCAGACAUACACAGCUCUGAGUGCUGUAUUUCUCGCUGGGUCAAUAUUGAGUGGCUACUGUACUGUCCCAGAACCAGUAGAGUACACACAGACACAGAGCAGUUCUCCUGUAGAAAGUGAUGAUGUUGAUGAGGAUCCAAUCACCAGCCUUAGCGAUGUGGCAGCCACUGUCCGGUUGUACCUGGUCUCAGACACUGUUUUUGUUUGGGUGAUGGUGAAUACAGCCUGCUGUGUCCUGAUGCUGAUUGCAAAGGUGAUCCAGUGCAUUGUCUUUGGGCCGCUCCGUGUCAGUGAAAAACAGCACCUAAAGGACAAGUUCUGGAACUUUGUCUUCUACAAGUUUAUCUUCAUCUUCGGGGUGCUCAACGUUCAGACGGUGGAGGAGGUGGUGAUGUGGUGUCUGUGGUUUGCUGUCCUCGUCUUCAUGCACCUCAUGGUCCAGCUCUGCAAGGACCGCUUUGAAUAUCUGUCAUUCUCACCCACCACUCCUAUGGACAGCCAUGUGAGGGUUCUGACCCUGCUGGUGGGUAUGCUGCUGACCUGCUGUGGCUUGGCUCUGCUUUGUGGGCUCCUGGGAAAUCCCCACGGCGUACACACCGUCACCUUCAUGGCCGCUGAGUGUAUGCUGGUGUCCGUUAGAACUGGACAUGUCAUUAUCCGGUACUUUAUCCACCUGUGGGACUUGAACCAUGAGGGCACCUGGGAGAGUAAAGGAUCCUACGUUUACUACACUGACUUUGUGAUGGAGCUGGCUCUGCUGGGGCUGGACCUUAUGCACCACAUCCACAUGCUGCUGUUUGGUAACAUCUGGCUCUCUAUGGCCAGCCUGGUGAUCUUCAUGCAGCUGCGUUACCUGUUCCAUGAGGUGCAGAAGAGAAUCCGUCGCCACAAGAACUACCUCCGUGUCAUCAACAACAUGGAGGCCAGGUUUGCUGUGGCCACCUCUGAUGAGCUGGUAGCGAACAAUGAUGACUGUGCUAUCUGCUGGGACUCCAUGUUGACAGCACGCAAGCUGCCCUGUGGACAUCUCUUCCACAACUCUUGCCUGCGUUCCUGGUUGGAGCAGGACACGUCGUGUCCCACGUGCCGUAUGUCUCUGAACAUCAGCGAGGGGGCUGGAGGAGAGAGAGAGGAGAGGCAAAGGGAGCCCAUGCUAGAAGACAACAUGGGCCCUGGAGGCCCUGGGCCAGAUGCAAGGCAACACCUCAACCAACACAACCACUUCUUCCACUUUGAUGGUUCUCGCAUUGCCAGCUGGCUGCCCAGUUUCUCUGUGGAAGUGAUGCACACAACCAACAUCCUGGGAAUCGUACAACAGGCCAACAACUCCCAGCUCAAUGCCAUGGCCCAUCAAAUCGGGGAGAUGUUUCCGGAGGUUCCCUACCAUCUUGUGCUGCAGGAUCUGCAGCUGACCCGCUCUGUAGAGGUCACCACUGACAACAUCCUGGACGGACGCAUCGCGGUUCCUUUCCCCAUACAGCCUGUGGAUCACUCCGCCUCCCAGGUCAACCCCUCCCCACAAGAUGUGGGUGGGGCCAGCGGGAGUUCAGAGUUCGUGACCCCCGAGGUGGAGGACUUUGAGGUCAGAGGCAGCCGCUUCUCCAAGUCAGCCGAGGAGAGACAGAAGAUACUGCUACAGAGGAAAGAUGAGCUACUGCUACGAGCACAGAGGAGAUAUCUGAGCAAGAGCCCAGAGGAAAAUGCUGCUGCUAUGAACAACGAUGAUGAGUACGAUGAAGGUCUGCCCUCUCUUGAGGAUGACAUCCCAGCAGGCUCAGUUUUAGACUCUAUGACCCUGCGACGCAGAAAGUUAGCGGCAGCUGCUGAGCGCCGCAUGCACACUUACCAGUGAAGAGGCUGGACUGGGAACUAGGGCCGGGAUGAUACCAGUAUUACCAUACUCGUUAGUAUCAUGGCAAGGAAACCAAACACAAAGCGGAAUUAACUUUAGGAAAACAUCCUUAAUGUUGGAAUCAAAUGAAAUUAUGUUUUCAUCCAGAGUCACAUGUAUUUAUUUUCCAAGCUGUAGCAAACAAUAUCUUGCAUACAGCAGGUUAUUAAAGGACCAAAGUUA